GGAAUGAUGUGUUUUUUCUUGGGACCAUUUUUACUUUCUAGUACAUUUGCCAUCUCAAGAAUGUAUUUGUGGGUUUUAUAUUGGCGUAUUCUUCACGAUCCGAGCAAGUAUGAGCCUUCGCUGUUCACAUUUUAUCACUACUAGAGAAUUUUCCCCACAUUUUAAGCAACGACCAGAGGGAGACAAAUAAUGAAACUUGCUUUCCACACGACACAUACUUAUACUACUAUUUGCUUAAGAGUUAUUUACUUUACCAAUAAAAAAACAACAGAUUUUUUAAAAACUAUUCGAAUUCUCAACUGCUUCCUUCGGUCAUAAAACGACACAAAUCAUAUAUAUAAUUCUUUGUCAUCGUGAUCAUCAUGAUCCUCCACUACUUUCAUCUUUCAGAUCGAGAGAAAAUGAAGAUGAACCUUUAUUCUUCCGUUUCUUUUAUCUUCUUCACCUUAAUCGCUCUUCAAUGUCCACCUCUCACCAUUCAGCAAACUACGGAUUCAUGCAGUUCAACUCUACCGCUCAACGACCUCACCUUCAACUCAAGCCUCCUUCAAUGCGUCGAAGCAUGGACUCCACAGAACUACAUCCUUCGAUAUGCAAGAACGUUAGAGAACACAUGGAGCUUCAUCUUAUCGGCUCCAGACUCCAACGUCUUCAUCGGGAUCGGAUUCUCCACCAACGGUCAGAUGAUCGGAUCCAGUGCCGUGGUCGGGUGGUUACCUCCCGGAAGCGGAGGAGGAGGACAGGCGAAACAAUACUUUCUCGGAGGACAGUCUCCGGGAGAAGUAACGCCUGACCAAGGAGACUUAGUGAUCGUCAACGGUUCUUUAAAGAUCGAGUCAGUGUCGUCGCGUCUUUACAUGAGUUUUAAGUUGACGGCUGAGCUGCCGCGGCAGAGCAUUCUUUACGCUAAGGGACCUGCCGGAUUCUUCCCGUCUUCGCCGGGGUUUAGGUUGAGGGAGCACCAAGCCAUGACCACCACCACCAUCAAUUAUAAUACAGGUUCGCAAAGUGUGGUUAAGGGUUCACCACACUCUAAGCUAAGGAAGACACAUGGGCUAAUGAACAUGAUUGGCUGGGGAAUACUAAUCAUCAUCGGCGCCAUAGUUGCUCGACACAUGAAGCAAUGGGAGCCGACUUGGUUCUAUUCUCAUAUCGCUGUCCAGAUCAUUGGCUUUCUCCUAGGCUUAACUGGUAUCAUUUGCGGUUUGAUUCUUGAAAACCGAACCAACGCUAGUAAUGUUUCCACGCACAAAGCCCUUGGGAUAACAAUACUCGUCAUGGGUGGUCUCCAGGUACUAGCGUUGCUUGCUCGACCGGACAAAGAAUCGAAAUACAGGAAAUAUUGGAACUGGUAUCAUCACAACAUAGGAAGAGCUUUGAUAAUACUCGCUAUUUCUAACAUCUUCUAUGGUAUUCACUUGGCUAAAGCUGGCUCUUCUUGGAACGCUGGUUACGGUUCUGCAGUUGGUGUCUUGGCUUUGGCUGCUACUGGAUUAGAAGUUAGAAAGCUAUUUAACAAAUGAGCUUUUAUUUAAAAAUUUCUUGCCACGAUAUUGAUCUUGGAUAGGACAGUGUGAUGUAUUGAGCAUUUAUUGACUGAUCACUUGAAUGAUAUGUUUUUCGCUUCUUGUCAUUUUUACUUAUAGUAUUUGGUAUUUCAAGAAUUAAGUUUUGGUA